AGUCGUUGAACAUCUGUACAAGUGCCUUCUAUAUAAGAAAUUUCCCUGGUUUUAUUUCGAUUUUUCGAUUAACGUCACUUGCGUUUCGGUGACACAUUUAUGAGCUGUUAGUGUAUGUGUGUGUGUGUGUGUGUAUGGCCUGUUCUUAUCAGGCGAUUUUAUACUAAACACAACAAAAAUAUAAAAUAAAAACGAAACAAACAAAACAAUAAUCCCAACUAAACGACGCACAAAUGCUGCUAAAUUAAUUACAACUCAUAAAUAUAAUUUGUGUUUAGAUAGUGAACAAUAUCAAAAAACACUCACGUGCCUCUAAUUACGACAACUGACGUUUAAUUUAAUCGCCGUUCACUUCUUUCACCUGGCCUCCCACAUUCCUCCUCCAUUGUGACUAAUCAAGUCAUCUAUUACAAAAAUAAAAAAAAGUGAAUCUGCCUGGGCAUCAUUUUCCUAGCUGUGAUUAUUUUACAAAUUUAUGCGCCAGUUUCAUGUUAUGGAAUUUUCAAUGGACACCAAAAAAACUAAAAGGUACAAAUCCAAACCCAAAUGAGCAACACGUGAGCGAGGCAGCCACAGUUGUUGUUGCUACGGCUGUUGGCUCACCAACAACAACAACAACAACAACAAUACCAGGAGGGGGAGCAGCAACAGCAACAACAACAACAGCUGCUGCUGCAAAUACAACACCAACACGAAGUCCACAACGCAAUGUCGUUUAUCACGAAGAUGCUUAUCAGUUAGCAGCAGGCGAUGGCAUUGAUAACGAAUCACAGCUGGAGGCAAACGGUUCACCUGGUCAACAAAGGCAGUCGGUGAACUCUAGCGAAUACACCUCAACACCAAAAUCAGGACGCAAUGGAGCAACAGCUGUGUCAGCAAAUGGAAGUGGCACCACAUCACCCAUUAAUUAUCAAAUACUCGCUGACGAAUACUCUUACAGCAUAGAGUAUGAAUCACAGCAGCAACAACAACCGAUUCAACCGAUUGUGAGUCAACAGGAGUCGUUCAUUGGUGCACCUGUACAGGCAACAUCGGCUACAAUUAGCUAUCGUCAAAGUUACGCCUCACCGCCCGCCGCUUUGCCGCCCUUGAUCAUACCACAGCGUCAAUCCCUGUUGCCUUGGGGUGCACAUUCGCGCAGUUCCAUCAUCAACGUCCUGCCCAGCUAUACGCAGGCGGAGAUGCAUGCCUUGGCGGCCAGUGUGGCCAGCGUGGAGCUGACCGCACCACGUCCUGGUGAAAUUGUGAUGCGUAAUUUAUUUAGCGAUUUUACAGCGCAGGCGGAGAAGAAAAUCGAGCUGGUCAUGCUGGAGAGUGCGGAUAAGAAUCUAUCGAAACUGCUGCAACGCGGCGAGGAUCAACAGUUUGAUCAGCUGCUGUCCGCCUUGGGUUCCGUGGCGGAACAUUGUUUGCCCUCGUUGUUGCACACACUGCUCGCCUGGCAUCGCCGUCAGCUCUCCGACAUGGAGAUCAAGAAUGACCUCAAGAAACCCACCACGGGUAGUAGCAUACAAUCGGUGAAUAAAUCCACGGUUGAUUUGGAUUUUCAGCUGCAGCGUCGUGAGGCUGCUGUGGAGUUUAUUUUCUGUCUGGCCCUGAUUGAGAUACUCAAACAGUUGCCAUUUCACCCGGGUCAUGAGGAUUUGGUGCGCAGCAUUGAGAAUCUGGCAUUCAAGCAUUUUAAAUAUAAAGAUGGCCUUCAAAAUAAUCCCAAUGCGCAUAACAUACACAUGAUUGCGGAUCUCUAUGCGGAGGUUAUCGGUGUUCUCGCCCAGAGUCGCUUUGGUUCGGUGCGCAAGCGUUUCAUGAGCGAACUGAAGGAGCUGCGGAGCAAGGAGGCAUCCACAACCACGAUGCAGGGCAUCAUCAGUUUGUUAAUGGGCAUGAAGUUCUUUCGGGUCAAAAUGGUGCCCAUUGAGGAGUUUGAGGCAUCCUUUCAGUUCAUGCACGAGUGUGGUCAGUACUUUUUGGAGGUCAAGGACAAGGAUAUCAAGCACGCACUGGCUGGACUCUUUGUCGAGAUCCUCGUGCCCGUUGCUGCGGCCGUCAAAAAUGAGGUGAAUGUGCCGUGUGUGAAGAACUUUGUGGAACUGCUCUAUGUGCAAACACUGGAUGCGUCUACAAAGUCCAAGCAUCGUCUGGCAUUGUUUCCACUGGUCACCUGUCUGCUCUGCGUCUCACAGAAGACUUUCUUUUUGACCAAUUGGCAUUACUUUUUGGCCAUGUGUCUGAGCAAUCUGAAGAAUCGGGAUGCCAAGAUGAGUCGCGUGGCAUUGGAGUCACUUUAUCGCUUGCUUUGGGUCUACAUGAUUAGGAUUAAAUGUGAAUCGAAUUCGGCAACGCAUUCGCGACUCCAAAGCAUUGUGAAUUCACUGUUUCCCAAGGGUUCCAAAGGCGUCGUGCCACGCGAUACGCCACUCAACAUCUUUGUGAAGAUCAUACAGUUUAUUGCCCAGGAGCGUUUGGACUUUGCCAUGCGUGAAAUUGUCUACGAUUUGUUGUGUGUGGGUCGCUCCAUUAAAGUCAUACUCAAUCCGGAAAGAAUGAGCAUUGGUUUGCGUGCAUUUAUGGUGGUUGCCGACUCGCUGCAGCAAAAGGACGGAGAACCUCCAAUGCCACGCACUGUGCCCGUGUUGCCAUCGGGAAAUACGCUGCGCGUGAAGAAAACUUACAUUAAUAAGAUGCUGACCGAUGAUACGGCCCGGAGUAUUGGCAUGUCUGCGUAUUUUCCACACGUACGUCGUGUUUUUGUGGACAUAUUGCGUGCGUUGGAUGUGCAUUGUGGUCGUCCGUUGAUGAUGACAAAUACACUGAAUCAGAAUAAGGAACCAGAUGAGAUGCUGUCGGGUGAGCGAAAGCCACGCAUUGAUCUCUUUCGCACCUGUGUGGCGGCGGUGCCACGUUUAAUACCCGAUACGAUGACGGCACAGGAAUUGGUCGAUUUGCUGUCACGUCUGACGGUGCACAUGGAUGAGGAGUUGCGCAUAUUGACGCAUCAGGCGUUGCAAACGUUGGUCAUUGAUUUUCCGGAUUGGCGUCAGGAUGUCGUGCACGGUUACACACAGUUUCUGGUGCGCGAUGUCACCGACACCUAUCCGCAAUUGUUGGAGAACUGCACACGCAUACUGUUUGUCUUCCUCAACAUUUGGCGCUGUGCCAUCAAUGUGAAUGGCAGCGUCAACAAUACUGUCAACGUGAACACUGCACCCAAUGCCACAGGAGCUGUUAAUGCGGCACAACAGGCACAAAAGGUUGGCAUUGCUGCAACCACAAUUAAAACCACUGUGCAGCCGGCUGGAGCAACUGCCACGCCAGCAGUUGCCGGCAAGGAGACAACAAGCAGUCAGUUGUCCAAGCAACAACAUUUGAAUACCGCCAGCAGCGCUGCAUCCAGCAUUACCACCUCAAGUGGCAUGUCCAGCAUCACACAGCACACGGUACUCAAUAUGGUCAGCCAAGAGGCGGGUAAAAAGAAUGAAAUACCCUUGCUCACCACACUGCAUUUUGUCGAAGGAUUCGCCUUGGUGUUACUCUGCAAUUAUCGUCCGUAUUUACGCAAAUUGGCUGCCAUGAUACUCAAGGAGGUGAAGAAUUUAAUGCGUGCUCUGGGCAUACCCGAAACGGAGCCACCAUUAAUCGAUGUCAUGGAUCGCUGCUGUCCCCAGAUAAUUGAGAAAUGUCUGCCACAGCUGCCACAGGCCGAGAAGACGGCCAUUCUCAAUGCCAACUGCAUUGAUCUGCAGUGGAUUGCCGAGCGCAGCAGUGGAGUUUGGCUCGCAGGACUCACAGAUGACAACUCCAAGUCAUCGACUUCAACGCUGAAUUUAUCACAGACAAGUUCAACAGCUGCGGCUGCCGCUGCCACAGCAGCAAGUUCAACAACACAGCCGCAGUUUGAUCCCUGGGCCAGUUGCCUCUUUGGGCUGUUGGAGCGUCAGCGUGUGUUGCAACAAUGCCCCUCGGCGGUGGCACAAGCUUGGCCCAUUUGCUAUGCGCGUCUCAAUGCGCUCUACAGUGUCAUCGAUCCCACUCCUGUGAGUGAUAAUCGUGCCUCCUUGUUGCGUGGUUCGGCGCCUACAAAGAAAAUGCCCACCGAAAGUCAAAAGGAUUCGUAUAUGCGGCUGUGGCGCAACCAAGUGGCAUGUGCCAUGCGAUUGGUGCCACAAAUACCCAGUGUUGCCGUGCGCUGUGCCUCGCCAGAUCUAAGCUUGAGUUUACAAGAUCAAUCGGAUUCACGUUCUCUAUCCGAUUCCUUGGACAAUAUACCGUCAAAUGUCUUUGGGCCCGAGGGAAUCGUAACGCGUUUCACACUGCCGCUCUCCUACGGACGCAAAGAGGCGCGCCAGAAACGACUUGGCUCAUCGCCGGAUUCCCUGAACGCGGAUCGCAGUGACAAGUCGGCGAUGGGCAGCGCAUCGCCUCAAGCACUUUAUAAGCUGGUGGUUCCCCUGCUCCGCUGUGAGGCCAUCGAUGUGCGGGACGCGGCUGUCAAUGCGCUGGGCAUGAUAAACCACGAUGCGCUCAAGGAUCUGAUGGAAGAGCUGGUGGUCUACAUACGCGAAGCAGUUGAUCGCAAGCAGGAGAAUAUGCGAAGACGUCGUCGACGCGAUGCACUGCGUCUCCAGGUGGUACGAGUGCUGGAGAAGAUUGCCGAGAAUGGCACCUUUGGUGUGAGCACCUGUGUCUUGGAGCGCGAUACAAUGUCGCUGCAUCCCACAUUUGUGGAGUAUAUUGAAGGUGCGAUGGCUUAUCUAAUGGCCGAAACGGACAAGGAUAAUCUCAGCAUACGUGAGGUCAAGGCACAUUUUUGCAAUUUCAUACGCAAAAUGAUUAAGAACUUUUCAUUGGAAUCCUGCGCCACAUUGCUGUCGCGUGAUUUGAAGCGUAAUCUAUUCAAUUUAUUUGCCACUUGGUGUGGCAGCUUCUCCAAGCCGCUAAGCAUUAGCUCACAGAUUGGCCAGACACUCGAGGAGGAGAAGUUGCAAUUUAGCGCUUUACAGGCCAUGUCCGCUUUACUUUGCUGUGGUCACAUCUUUUAUACGCCGCAUUUGCAAGACGAUGGCAUUAUCUAUAAAUGGUUGGAUCUGCUCUUGACUUCCAAGGAGGAAAAGAUUUAUCAGCUGGCUCGCGAUACUGUGGUUUUGUUGCUGGAAUCGAAUCCGGAUAUGGGCCAACUUUUGGAAUGGGUAAUCGAUCGUUGUUAUACCUCAACGCCACGUGAGGCAGAUGCUUGUUUCCUCGCUUUGGCCUCGAUCUUCAGUGCCAAAGAGUAUCCUUGCGACCACUACACAUCCGUUAUAACCGUAACGCUGCUAAUGACGGGCUGCCCCCGUGUCGAGGUGCAUGCAACCGCGUUGCAACUGCUGCAAAUUUUGGAUAAACGCUUCUUUGGCAGCGUUGUCGGCACUCUGCACAGCGAUAAUGAGAAAGAGGAUGACAUAAAGGUCGGCACCUUGGAUGUCCUGCUGAGCAGCGCAUAUUGCCGUUCACAGCGUUUCCUGUCCAAGCAGUUGGCGCAAUUGCGUCCGGAACUCACCAUGUCUAUAUUUUCUGAAAUUACACAUCGCUUUCAGAGUGCACGCGAGGAUGUGCGCGCCUUGUUGCUGCAGUGCCUCCUGCCCUGGCUGCAGAAUAUGGAACUGGUGGCCACCAGUGUGCCUCCUGCAACGCCACUCUCCUAUAUUAUGUACUUUCCGGAUUCGGGCACACGGGGUCGCCGCGAGGGCACCGGCUCAACGGAGGCAACGGAAAUGAUACUGAAUAAUCUUUUCUACAUAACAGCAAAGUUCUCGGAUGCACAUCCACGCGAUAUUGAGGAGUUGUGGGGCACCUUGUGCCAGUUUUGGCCAAACAAUUUAAAGGUCAUAUUACGCUACUUGGUCAUCAUGAGCGGCAUGGCACCCAACGAGCUAUUACCCUAUGCCAAACGAGUGGCACUUUAUCUGGCCCGCAGCUGCCCGGAUCGUCUGUUGGAUGAGCUCAUGGCCGAGCUGCAGACGGUGGAAACCCUUAACUGUCUCAUCGAACGCACCGAGACACCGCCCUUCUAUAGAUUGACCAGCAUGCGAAAGGCUUCCAGCCACAGUGCAGAUGGUCAAGCUGUGGGCGGCAUUAACGAUUCCCGCACACAGGAUCUGACCGUGGAGAAGGGCACCAUACACACCAAACGACACAGCGGCGAGGAUCCCAUUAAAAUCGGCACCUGCAAGUCGGACAGCGGCAUACGCGCUUAUACUCAGGCCGCCGCAGCUGCUGCCGCCGCUGCUGUCACGCCCAUUUCGGGAGGCAGUCGUCCGCCUCGUGGCGCUGAUAAAAUACGUGCAGCAUCGGGACCAUCGAUAUUGCCCCGACCAGAGGAUAUACUAAUCAAUGAUCCGGAUCUGCGGCAAGAGGAGAAUGUGGAGUUGCGUAAUACGGCAGAGGCACCGCCCAAUGCCCAUCCUCAUCCCUUGCCCAUGCCGGAGUACGGUGGUUACUUUGCACCGCUCACCGAGUUUUUGCCAGAUGUUAGUUUGCCCAUCAGCGGUUUUCAUCGCUGCAACGUGGCUGUGAUGCUGCUCACGGAUAUUGUGGUGGAUGGAAUUCCGGGCAUAGAUUGGACGCUGCAUUUGCCAUUGAUGCUGCACAUUUUGUUUUUGGGAUUGGAUCACACUCGGAUUAUUGUGAGGGAGCAUUGCAAGCAGCUGUGUGUGAAUCUAUUGAUCGUGCUGGCCGAGCACAAUGAUCAUCUGACGGUGGCACGCAUACUGUUGAACAGUGAGACAAGUAAAUUGGAUCUGGGAUUGACGGUGCCGGCAUUGCCCGUGAUUGACAAUAAUUUUACCGAGUUGCAUCAGCAAUUCGACAGCUAUCUGUUGCAUGUUAGUCCCCAGGCAGCAGCUGCCUAUGCACUGCAUCAUAAUCUGUCCAGUUCCACAAUAAUUGCGGCACAUGCAACAAAUCAACAGAUGUUGCCACAAACACCACAGCAACUGCUGCUGCAACAGCCAACGACAACACAGGGCGUGCCAAGUGCCACGCCUACAACGCUGAGUGGAACUCCGGCGGCACUGCAAAUAAAUCCAAACAAUACGGAGAACUCGGAGGUGCCGCUAAUCCAUGCGGAUGAGCAUGCACCACCGCAGCCAGGUCCAAGCAUGCCCAUUGCCCAUGUGAUCAAGAGUCUGCUGAAGUUCCUCGCCCACGACACGUGUCAGCCGCUGUGGAACUAUGAGGACAUCACCGCCAAGGUCUGGGCCGUCAAGUCGGCGGAGCAGCUGAGCUGUUUCCUCAAGCACAUGGUCAAGGUGUUUGCCGACAGCUAUCCACAGGCACGGAUUGCCGAGCGCUGGGCACAGACGGCCCUGCAAUUGGGUCUGUCCUGCUCCUCCCGGCAUUAUGCCGGACGUUGUCUGCAGAUCUUUCGGGCCUUGAAUGUGCCCAUUAAUUCGCGCAUGCUGUCGGAUAUACUGUCGCGACUGGUGGAAACGGUGGCCGAGCAGGGCGAGGAUAUGCAGGGAUAUGUGACGGAGUUGCUGCUCACUUUGGAGGCGGCCGUGGACAGCUUGGAUUCGGACUUUCGACCGUUGGAUGUGAUGAAGGAUAUAUUCAAGAGUACACCGAAUCUGAACAAUAAGGAUGGCGGUCCCAAUUCCAUACUGCCGGGCAAGAAGUCACCCUCGGGCAUGACACCACAAUCCUCGAACUAUUCCAUACCCAGUCAUGGCCGCAGCACCAGUUACUCCGUCUCCUACUGCGGCCGCAAGGCCAACAACUCGCCGUGUGACAAGCAGGUGGAGCUGCGCAAUCGUGCCUCGGGCAUUGAGCUCGAACGCAGCGUUGUCUGCAAGUUCGGUGUGGCCGGAGUGGGCGUGGCUGGCGGCUCAGCCUUGUCGCGUUCCCGCAGCGCCCAGAGCCUCAAAAUGCUGGGCGAUACGGCGACACAGGAUGACAAGAUGACCAUUUUAGCACAGUUGUUCUGGCUCUCGGUUUCUCUACUCGAAUCGGACUACGAGCACGAGUUCAUGUUGGCAUUGCGUCUGCUGACCCGAGUGCUUCAUCGACUGCCUCUGGAUCGCCCGGAUGCGCGGGACAAGGUGGAGAAACUGCAGCAGCAGCUCAAGUGGACUGCCUAUCCAGGUGUGCAUGCACUGCUCCUAAAGGGCUGCACUCACAGCGCCACCUAUGAGCCGACCAUUACACUGCUCUCGCAGUUCGCCCCGCUGCUCACUCUGCCCGUCUGUGAUCCCACACAGAGUUGUGCAUUCCCCAUGAAUGUGAUCGCCUUGUUGCCGUACAUGCUGCUCCAUUAUGAGGAUGCCAAUGAGAUUUGCAUACGCAGUGCUGAGAAUAUUGCUCAUGUGUCCACAGAGCUGGGCGCCAAGCUGGAGAAUCUGGGCACAGUGAUGACUCUUUACAGUCGGAAGACAUUCUGCAAGGAAUCCUUCCAGUGGACCAAGUGUGUGGUCAAGUAUUUGCAUGACACCUAUGCUCAUAUGGGUCUGCACAUGUUGGCCUUCCUCAUCGAGGUGCUGGAGAAGGGACCGCAGCAGGUGCAGGUGCCGGUCCUGAAUGUCAUACACUGUAUGCUCCACUAUGUGGAUCUAUCGGCUCCCCAGGCACAGACCAUCAAUGCGGAUUUAUUGCGCGCCAUUGGCAAAUAUUUAGAUACUGUUAACUGGAAGGACUCACUGAAGAUCCUCAAGCUAAUUGUGACGCGAAGUUCCUCGCUGCAGGUGGCGCCACCUAGCGAUGGCAGCAGCGCCGGCUUAUCGUUCUCCUUCUAUAGCGCAUAUCCGGACUCGGAUAUGUUCUGUAAAAAGGAACUGGCCGGCCGCACAAUGGAAUUCACCUUUGAUGUGUCACAGACGCCGCUAAUUGGACGUCGCAUAUUGCUCAAGUCGGAGGAUGUUGUUGGCGUUGGUGGUGGCAGUGGUGGUGCCUCGUUGACGGGCAACUCCUCGUUGAACUCGACACUGACCAAUGCCACGACGGUGACAGUUGCAGCUGCUCAGCAGGUCAGUGGACAGCUGCAGCAGCAACGGGCCCACAGCAAUGUGGCAGCCAUUGCCGCCUCUGCCGUCGCUGCCCAGCAACAGCAGCAGCAGCAACAGCAGCAGCAGCAGCAACAACAACAACAGCAGCAGCAGCAGCAACAGUUGCUGCAGCAACAGCAAUUGCAACAGCAACAUCAGCAACAACAACAGUUGCAACAGCAACUUGGCAGCAUUGUGGGCACUCCCAAUUCUCCACGACGCAGUGCCAGCUUAUCGCCAGCGGAUACAGUGCCUCUGAGUGGCUGGAAGCGUCCCUGGAUGUCGCAGUGUCGUGUGCGCGAGUGUCUGGUGAAUCUAUUGACCACCUGUGGACAACGUGUCGGUCUGCCCAAGUCACCAUCGGACGAUUUCAUAAACUCAAUUUGCUCAAAGGUUAUAUUUAGCCAAUCUUCGGAUCUUAUGGAACGUCAAUCGUCGGCUGCCUCGUCCACGGAGGAGACAUCGGGUCCGCAGGGUGACCUUAGCAGCGGUUCGCGUCGUGAUGAUGGUCAGCCAGAUUUUACGGUAUUCAAGGACUUUGAUUUCUUGGAAUACGAGGACAGCAUUGCUGGUGAAUCCACCGAUAACUUUAAUUGGGGCGUGCGACGUCAUCAGCUGUUUGUGGGCGAUGAGGAAUGCUUGAAUUGUGGCAGUGGCAUCGGUGGAUCCAUCAAGGGAGGACAUUCCUCCGCAUUGGAGGACAGUUUCAGCGAUAAGACGCCAAUUUUGAGCAAACGCAAGCGACAAACAGCGGAUGAUUCCUCCGAUGAGGAGGGUGAAUCCGAAUCCCCACUGGAUGAUGAUCAUCGUCAGUCGUUCCUAAAGAACAGCUUCAGUGCCGUGCCGCCCACAUCGUUGAGUCUGCGGGAGCGACGUCGUCGUAACUCGGUUUCUCGCAGCGAUACAAGUGGCUCCAGUGCCGGAGAUUUGGGUGACAUUACGCCGUGCAAUGCCUCGCCGCAUUUGCAGGGUAUCAUUCGGUUCGGUGCCGCCAUUCGUGAUGAGGCCGAGGAGAACUGGCGACGUCAGCUGCAGGCCAUGUUGGUCAAUCAACCCUCGGCACACACCUCGGAGCUGCUCUCCCAGCUAUACAGGCUGAUCAAGGAGCUCACCUUCAAGACCAUCAGCAUCUCCAAGGAGGCCAAGAAGUUCUUCACAGGCAUCGGCUCCCAGCUGGGCAAUCGCAUCUCGCUCUUCACGGAUUUACUGAGCUCCCGUGCGGAUCCACCGCGUGUAUGGUGCAGUGAACUGCAGACAACCACUCCCAAGUUAUUCGAAACUCUGCGUUUCAGUGUGCUGGAGGUGCAGGAGCAUCUGGAGACGUUCUUUGAUCGCAAAGAUCAGGUGUUGGAGUGUCUGGAUGCGGUCAAGACUUCGUGCAAAUUGUCGCUCUUUAAUGAAUCGGAUGUGGCUGCUUCGGGACUGGAAAUGCCCAGCAGCAGCUCCAGCAUUGCGUAUAUGCCCUUUGAUCCUGCCUCCACGGAGGUUGUGCUCGACCUGGGACGUUCCCUGUAUAAACUAAUGUUUCAGCUGCUUUUGCUGAUCGAAUCGAAUCAUAAAAUAUCCUCGAAUGUGGUUAAUCAUUUUCGCAUUAAUGAAGACAUGCAUGACAUAUCGGAUCUCUAUGCGCUGGUGCGAGACGCCUUGGUUCGCUGCACCAGCGAGGCAGAGCUAGAUUGCCUGGAAUCAUCUACCUCAACGGAGGGAGAGCAUACGCCGACGCCUUCGCCUGGGUUGCCCAUGAGCCAGGAGGAGUUUGAGGCAUCGCUGCAUGAGCACAUCGGCCUGCAACGUUGGUCCAGCGCCAUAUCCCAUGUACGGCAAUAUCGACGCAUCUCUACGCUGAGUGCAGGCGAUCAGAGUCUAACGAUCUUCAGCUAUGGCAAUCUGGACAGUCGCGUCAAGUUUGAUGAGAUGACGAUUAUAUUGAAUGCAUAUGCACACAGCAUUAUGAAGGAUCGCACGGAAGACUUUAUUGUCUCCAAAUCGGACUCGGAGCUGUUUGAGGUGUAUGCUAUACUCUCGGAGAAUUUAUAUCAUGUGUCCAGCGCUUUGACCAAUAUGGAAAUCAAUAUGAAGAGCUACAACAUGGGCGCCGGUUCCAGCAAUUUGCAUCGCAGCGAGCAGGAUAUUGUGACAAAUCUUUAAAUACAUAUGGCUAAAAUUAGUGCAGAAUAAGGCAACAUUUUGAUAUGUAUAAUCGCAUAUAGUUUUUAGUAUUUAAGCAGCAUUAUAGGCACUACUACAACCACUAUCAUUCAGUUGAGUGUUGAUGAACAAAUGUGUUUUAAGGUACGCGUAUGAUACAAUAAUAUAAUAUACAUAACACCUAAUGCAGUUAGUUCUUAUAGCUGGAAAGAACUACGUUGUGGAACACCCAUUGAACAAAUUGCAAUAACUCCUUUUUUUAUAAAAUAAAAACAUUUAAUUGUAAA